AACCUGCAAAAAAGGGACUGACUGACUGACCAGUGUGCCCAUCUGGGGGCUCAGGGCAUCUGGUCAGGAACGCCCCAAUAGCUCAGAGGAGCCACAGUUGGGGUCACGGGGAAAUGGCUGGGUCCCUGGUCUCCCUGCCGUCUGACCCUGCUGCUCGUCUCCCUCUUCCCGUGAUUGCGCCAGGGCUCUGAAGCCUCUUUGGCUACCCCUCCCUGCCUGUGCAGGCGCCCAGUCAGAAAUCCUUGGCUCCAUCUGCUGAGGAAGUGGUACAUGCCACAGAACUGCCAUUCCGGCCACAGACACCCUCUACCUCUGCCUUGCCCCUCCCCACUCUCUUGUGGGCUGUAAGGAGAGAAAUGAGCCAGGCAGAUGCUGCCCUGACUGGGAGCCACAGUCGUGGCCAUGGAGUCUCUGGAGACCCCUGUCAAGGACGGCAUCCUAUACCAGCAGCACGUGAAGUUUGGCAAGAAAUACUGGCGCAAAGUGUGGGCUCUGCUGUAUGCAGGAGGCCCAUCAGGCGUAGCUAGGCUGGAAAGCUGGGAUGUUCGUGAUGGUGGCCUGGGGCCAGCAAGCGACAGAGCCACAGGACCUGGCCGGCGAGGCGAACGUCGGGUCAUACGCUUGGCUGACUGUGUGUCUGUUCUGCCUGCGGACUGUGAGAGUUGUCCCAGGGACACUGGUGCCUUUCUGAUUACCACCACUGACCGAAGCCACCUGCUGGCCGCCCAGCACCGCCAAUCAUGGAUGGGCCCCAUCUGCCAGCUGGCCUUCCCGGGCACCGGAGAAUGUUCCGGAUCAGGACAGGCUGAGACUCCAAAAAGGGGCUUUGUUCCCAUGGAGGAAAACUCUAUCUACUCCUCCUGGCAGGAAGUGAGUGAGUUCCCAGUGGUGGUGCAGCGGACAGAGGCCACCACCCGCUGCCAGCUGAAAGGACCCUACCUCCUGGUGCUGGGCCGAGAUGACAUUCAGCUUCGGGAGACUUCCAGCCCCCAAGCCUGCUACAGCUGGCCCUACCGUUUCCUGCGCAAGUUCGGCUCUGACAAGGGCGUGUUCUCUUUUGAGGCUGGCCGCCGUUGUGACUCGGGUGAGGGCCUUUUUGCCUUCAGUAGUCCCCGUGCCCCAGACAUAUGUGGAGCUGUGGCUGCUGCCAUUGCCCGCCAGCGGGAACGGCUUCCAGAGCUGGCCACGUCCCCACCCUGCCCAUUGCCUCGGGCCCUCUCCCUGCCCUCCCUAGAGCCCCCUGGAGAGCUUCGGGAGGUGGCCCCAGGAUUUGAGCUGGCCGCUUCCAGAAAGCUGCCUAUGACUGACCCUGGGCCCCAAAGCCUGCCGCUGCUGCUCAGUCCCACACAAGAAGGAACAGUAUCCAGUCUCUAUGCGUCCGUGUGCAAGCAGACCAGCAGGCCCACGGCCACUGUGGAGCACCUCUAUGAGAACCUGUGCGUGCUGGAGGCCAGUCCUGGGCUGUCCAAUGGGGGUCCUGAGUCCCAAGAGGGCCCUCCUGGUGGCCACAGCCCCCUGGCCAGCCCCAUCUAUCACAGCAGCGAUGACCUGAGUUGGCCUGGCUCGGCCCAGGACAGCAACCUGGAAGCCCAGUACCGGAGGCUGCUAGAGCUGGAGCUAGAUGAGGCUGGAGGAACUGUCCGCUCUGGUGCACAGACAGGCAUUAAGGCCAAGCUGGUGACCCUGCUGACUCGGGAACGGAAGAAGGGCCCUGCUCCCUGUGACCGGCCCUGAAGGCCUGUGCAGUGGCAGCAGGACAGAGGUGAUCUCUCGGGAACUGGAGGGAGCAACUUCAGACAUAUCCCCUGUCUACUGUGACCUACAGGGACAAGCCAGGUAGCCUGGGGAGAAGCCGCACGCUGCCCUACCCCCUCCCAGCGGACAGUGUACAGAUUGACCAAUAAUAAAGCUUGCCUACCAGCCCCCUUUG